AAUUUGUGUCACAUUUUAAGGCAGAAAGUCAUCAUUCACAAAAUCAUCCCAAUACGCAAAUAUUUGACGAGAUCUUUGUUGUUCUGAGUUUUAUGUUAAGAAAAUGGUUGAUCCAAUAUUUGAUUACCAAUUCAGGCUUAUCCUAAUCGGUGAUAGUACGGUGGGCAAGAGUUCGUUGCUGAAAUACUUUACAGAUGGGAAAUUCGCGGAGCUGUCGGAUCCGACUGUGGGCGUCGAUUUUUUCGCACGGAUAAUCGAAGUGCAAGACGGUACCAGGAUUAAGUUGCAAUUAUGGGACACAGCUGGUCAAGAAAGAUUUAGGUCUAUAACAAAAUCUUACUACAGAAACUCGGUGGGAGCUCUGCUCGUGUACGAUGUGUGCAAUCGAUCUAGUUUCGAACACAUACCUCUUUGGAUGAUGGAAGCAAAAAGGCAUAUAGAACCUCACCGGCCAGUAUUUGCCCUGGUUGGGUGUAAAGUGGACCUUGUUGGUAGUGACAACAAAAACGGCGCAAGGAGAGAGGUUUCAUGCGAAGAGGCUAGAAUGUUUGCUGAAGAAAAUGGCUUACAUCAUGUGGAAACGUCAGCGAAAACGGGACUAAACGUUGAACAAGCAUUCAUUUUAGUCGCUCAGGAGGUUUACAACCGCAUACAGACAGGUGAAUACAAGGUAGAGGACGGCUGGGACGGCAUCAAAACGGGCUUCAACCGACCCAACGGUAUGGACUUUAACUUGCUUGAAGCAGAAACCGUACAGUCUACUUGCUGCUAGACUUGUAUACAGGACGUAGAUGUAAAUAUUGACUCAUACUAGAUUUAUAUUAACAUAAGCAUAACUUUAAAGUGAUUGGCACUCCACUAGAGAAACCGAGGUAUCGAUUUCUCAUAGGGUGUUAAUUAGAUCUGCCCUUUGAAAUAUAAAAGUAAUCUGUCUAAAAAGUACACUUUUUUUCUGUAUUAUCAAAUUGAUAACUGAAACUAACUACUCACAAAUUUAAAUAAAAUAUAAUAGUGCCAAUAGAUGAGUAAUAUCUCUUUUGCGAAGUUUAUUUAAUUGUAAAUAGUGGAACAGCACAAAAAUGGCUUAAUAAAC